GUGAGAGGGUUAAAUGUGAUGCAGAUUUCAAAACGAAAGAGGAAGUCCUGGGGAAUUUUGGCACAGUCACUCUGAACAACACCCAAGGAGUCUCCUUUGACCCCCAAAUUUGUUUCGAGCCUGCAAGCAUGGAUUACAGUCCAGAUAAUCAGUCACAGAAUAAUCAGUCACAGAAUAAUCAGUCGGAGUCAAAUAAUCCUGUAGCAGAAGGCAUAGAGUCAAGCGUCAGUUCUGAAAAUAUAACAAAACAAUGUGAGAUUGAAGGGAUUAAAGGAAAACCACAAGCACAAAAGAUGUCCGAAAAGGAAGUAUUUGUAUUGUCAGGGACAAAGUACUUCAUUCUGCUAACUGGUAACACAUUAAAAUUACACGAAGGCUUCAUAGUUAAGCUGAAAUCUAAAGUACCCAGUUUACAAGAAGUUAAAAGAGUGGAAGAGUGUGAUUUCAUUCUGGUUUUCUGCCCUGUUGUUUCACAAGUUGGAACUGACACUGAAAGAGCAGUGAACAAAAUUAAUGAUAUUUCAGGCCCAAAACCUGCAGUUCUGGUGGUGCUGCAUUACACGUUUGAUCCAGAGUUUGUUGUACCAGAAAGCAACAGAGCUGUUACAAGAGAGAACACGAUCACAGUCGACUGUCUGUUCCAUGAAGAUCAGGGAUUACUGACAUGCAACAGAAAUUCUAAAGUAUUGACCUACCUUGAAAUGCAGAUGAACUCAAAGACACAAAAAACAUCCUGGGAAGGAUGGAAUGAUUUUAUACCAAACAUACUUAAAAGAAGACUUUCCACACAACCAAGUGAACCUCCUGCAAGUCCAAACAAUCAGAAUGCAUCUGAUCUUAAACAUGCUGAUGAUAUACUACAUGAGGAUUUUGAACAACUAGAGCGGUUAAGAAAGAAAAUAUUUAAAACAGAAGAAAAAAAAUUCGUAAGUAAUGAGGUAAUUAUUGCAGCAGAACUAAAGUUGGUGCUGUUGGCGAGAAACAAAUCUGAUAAGACUGCAGCAAAAAACAUCAUCCUGGACAAAGAAGUGCCUGCUACAUCUACAACUACAUCCACUGCAGAGACUGAGAACACACAGCUGGUGGAUGGGAGGAAGGUGACUGUGGUGGACACUCCUGACUUGUUCUCUCCUGGAAUGUCUCUAGAAGAAUUUAGACAUAUUGAGGGACCACAUGCCUUCCUCCUGAUAAUACCUGUAAUGAACUCGGAAAAAACAGAGCACAAGGAAGAUAAAACACAAGUGUCAUUCUUUAAAAUGGAGAAUAUUUUUGGAGAUAGAUGCUGGAGAAACACCAUAAUCAUAUUCAGUGUUACUGAUGAACUUCAGAAGAACAACAUUGGGGAUUUUAUCAAAUCAGGAGACCAGGAGCUCCAGGAACUUGUAGAGAAAUGUGAGAAAAGAUUUCAUUGUCUCAACAUUAAGGAAAGGGGAGAUUGUUCUCAGGUCUCAGAGCUGCUGGAGAAGGUAGAGAAAAUGGUGGACUGUAAUGGGGCUAAGAUUUAUCAGAUUAUCAAAGAUAUGGUGAUGGAAACUGCUUUGCUUAAGGAUGUGCAACAUAAAAUGCAGAAAAGCCUAGACAAAAAUGAGCAGUAUAUAAAACAAUAUGAAGAGGAUCUAAAAUACUUAAGGACCGGUCAAAAUAGUGCAGAUCACAUAAAAAUAAUGAAUGCUUUAAAAGAGAAAUGUGAGUUAAAAAGAGAAGUUGGGGAGGAGAUAAAGAAAAGAUAUGACAGGAUUGUAAGGAUGAAAGAAAACAGAGAGUUUAUUAGGGUCAUUUUGCCAGAAACAAUGCAAACUGUUUGGCUUUCACUGUCAGAUGAGCCGAACAAAAAUCUUGACAAGAAAAAUGAGCUAGCUCAGCUUAAAGAAUGGUUCUCCACAAACAUGAAGCUGUAGCCUUCUAAUAAAGUAGAGACAGAUUUGUGAUGAUUUGAAAACAGGUUAAAAUACUGGGACAAAAGCAGCCUGAAUGAGAAGUAAUAAAUGUCCAAUAUAUUCUAUGUUACUGCAUGGUGUUACAUGAAGUUAUUAAAUAUUCACUAGCCUC